AUGGAGGAAAAGCUGACUUUAGCUGGUAGUAAUCUUAGUCCUGGAGGGUGGUUGGAGCUCAACGAAUGCGACAUAGCGCCUAUUUCAGACGAUGGUAGUCUGCGUGAUGGGUCAGCUAUUGUUAGGUCCGUGAGACUUUUGGAGUCAGCAGCAGAGUCAUUUGGUAGGCCUUUCAGGUAUAUGAGUGGGCUCAAGGCCAUACUCGUCAAUGCGGGCUUCGUGAACGUUGAGCUCCUGCAAUUUAAGUGGCCUACAAAUCCAUGGCCAAAAGAACCAAGAUUCAAAGAGCUUGCUUGGUGGAUGAGCAGAAACCUGGCCACAGGAUGGGAAGGGGUGUGCCUCGCAAAUCUGACUCGAGCUCAUGGCUGGCAGAAGGAAGAGGUAGAUCUACUACUGGAAAGAUGCCGGGCAGAGUUUGAGGACCCCAAUGUCCAUGCGUACUUCUCGAUGUGA